AUGGCAGCCUCCAGCCCCCAGUACCACCAACCAGCCCACAGUACCACCAACCAGCCCCCAGUACCACCAACCAGCCCUCAGUACCACCAACCAGCCCUCAGUACCACCAGCCAGCCCUCAUUACCGCCAACCAGCCCUCAGUACCCCGCCAACCAGCCUCAGUACCGCCAACCAGCCCUCAGUACCACAAGCCAGCCCCAGUACCACAAACCAGCCCUCAGUACCGCCAACCAGCCCUCCAGUACAACCAGCAGCCCUCAGUACCGCCAACCAGCCCUCCAGUACCGCCAACCAGCCCUCAGUACCGCCAACCAGCCCUCAGUACCACCAACCAGCCCUCCAGUACCGCCAACCAGCCCUCAGUACCACAAACCAGCCCCCAGUACCACAAACCAGCCCUCAGUACCGCCAACCAGCCCUCCAGUACCGCCAACCAGCCCUCCAGUACCGCCAACCAGCCCUCCAGUACCGCCAACCAGCCCUCAGUACCGCCAACCAGCCCUCCAGUACCACCAACCAGCCCUCAGUACCGCCAACCAGCCCUCAGUACCGCCAACCAGCCUCAGUACCGCCAGCAACCCUCCAGUACCUGAAGCAACCCCCCAGUACCACAAACCAGCCCUCCAGUACCGCCAACCAGCCCUCCAGUACAACCAACCAGCCCUCAGUACCGCCAACAGCCUCAGUACCGCCAACCAGCCCUCCAGUACCGCCAACCAGCCCUCAGUACCGCCAACCAGCCCUCCAGUACCAACCAGCAGCCCUCAGUACCGCCAACCAGCCCUCAGUACCGCCAACCAGCCCUCAGUACCGCCAACCAGCCCUCAGUACCAAAACAUGUAA